CACCCGCUUUGGCCUCCCAAAGUGCUGGAAUUACAUGUGUGAGCCACCACGCCCGGCGUUGUUUUGUUUUUUAAUCAGCAGUGGUUUUGGAUUCCAGAGCUCUCAGUACCAAGGCCCAUGCAUUUGGUCUAGCUGUCAUGUACUCUUCAGUUUCUCAAACUGGAAUUGUCCCCCGCUAUGUGUUUUUCAUAGCAUCAGCCUCUUGCAGAGUCCGGGCAGUUUGUCUUUUGUGGGAUGAUCCAUCAUCUGGAGUUGGAGUUGCCUUUUCUGGUGUCAUCACCUCUGUGUGGUGCUGGAUGAAGUGUUAGUUGGAAGUUCACAUGCUUGAGCUGCCUGUAGUGAGCUUGUCUAAGGGAAUGAGCCUAAUUUCUUUCUGCUGCUUCAUUCUAGGACUGUGAGGAAUGUAUCCAGCUGGAGCCGACCUUCAUCAAGGGUUAUACACGGAAAGCUGCUGCCCUGGAGGCGAUGAAGGACUACACCAAAGCCAUGGAUGUGUACCAGAAGGCGCUAGACCUGGACUCCAGCUGUAAGGAGGCGGCAGACGGCUACCAACGCUGUAUGAUGGCACAGUACAACCGGCACGACAGCCCCGAAGAUGUGAAGCGACGAGCCAUGGCCGACCCCGAGGUGCAGCAGAUCAUGAGUGACCCAGCCAUGCGCCUUAUCCUGGAACAGAUGCAGAAGGACCCCCAGGCACUCAGCGAACACUUAAAGAAUCCUGUAAUAGCACAGAAGAUCCAGAAGCUGAUGGAUGUGGGUCUGAUUGCAAUUCGGUGAUGACUUGUUCAUCCCCCUUCCCUUCGCCCUCAUGUGGAAAGAGGAGCUGGGACCGCGGCGAGCAGCACGGAGCAGAAGGGAGAGCAGGGGAGAGAAGGCCUCAUCUCUCUAUAUUUAUACAUAACCCCGGGGAAGACACAGAGACUCGUACCUGCGCUGUUUGUGCCACCGCUGCCUCUGGGCCCUCCCAGCACACGCAUGGUCUCUCCACCGCUGCCCUCGAGUUCCAUAUCUCCUUCCCCUGCCCCCAGUUGCUGUCUCGGCUGCUCUCCCAUAGUUGGUUAUUUUUUAUUUGGGGCAGUGGGCAUGUAUGGGGAGGGGAGGGGGUUCUUCCAGCCUCAGGUCCCAGCUGUCUCACGUUGUUUAUUCCGCGUCCCCUUCUCCAAUAAAACAAGCCAGUUGGGCGUGGUUAUAUGUUG